UGAGUAGGCUCUACCUGAAGACAUUUGUUGGCCCUGAUGACGACGCAACUUGCGAGUUCAUUUUAAGAAGAAGUGUUGAACCCAGAUAUGAAGGGCUCAACUGAUUAAGUAACAGUAAGGGUAUUACCUGACCCAGCAUUAUACUCUGGACUCUGUUACAACACGCUGCAUACCUGUCAGCAAUUGUGCAGAAACUGCUAUUUAUCCUUUGGGGUAAAUUCUUUUUUUUUAUUUCGCCUGCCUCUCACUGUCACAGUCAUCUUGAUUUAUGACAGGCUCCUCUUGCACAUUUGUCAGCUCAGAAACAUGAAAUUCAGAGUUUAUCUCCCGUGAGUAUAAGAAUAUAAAGACAAUUUUAACCUGUAAAUCGAAGGAUACUCUCUUUAAAUCUUGUUAAUGUAGCUGCAAGGUUAAAGUUUCUCUCAAUUCCACAUGCCAAGGCUAUUUAAUUACCUCUAACAUGUUUCAGAGGAAUCAGUGCCUGCAGGGGGGACGCUUGCCUGUCUAUUCACCUUGGCAUAUGACAUAUGAGCAGCUACAGCAAAUCGUCAGCAGCCUGUUUGUCCAGCCCUUCGCAGAGCUUUGUAUUUAAAGCACAAAGUGGAAGUAAGGCAGCCUGACUGAGCACCAAGAAUCCUCAGCAAAGACCUGAACCACAGCUUUGAGUGCAGACAUGACAGAGUCAAGCUUGCGUAUCAGUGGGGGAGCUGUCAGAUUUGGAGCCACCUAUGGAGGCAACCGUCUGUUCUCCGGAGCCAGGGGCAGUGGAGGUGUUAGCAUGGCUCUGUCCCGCUCACUUGGCUCAGGGAGGGGAGCAGGAGCUGGCCUGGGAGGAGGCCUGGGAGCCGGUUUUGGGGCUGGAGCUGGUUCAGGAGCAGGGCUGGGCUUUGGUCUAGGAGGAGGGCUUGGCUUUGGUGCUGGAGGAGCUAGAGCAGCAGGGCUUAGGGCUGGUGUGGCCCCACUGAGAGCCCGUCUGGGGGGCAGAGUCUUCAAAAUUGGAGGCUAUGGUUUCAACCCAUCCUUCAUCAGUUCUACCACCACAGUGGAUGCAGGCGUCGGUCCAGUGCCCUGCAUCGAUCCAAUGCUCCCGUCCCCAGACACAGUGCAGGUCACACGCUUGAAGGAGAAAGAGGAGCUGCAGGCACUCAAUGACAAAUUUGCAUCUUUCAUCGAUAAGGCCCGGUCUCUGGAGCAGCACAACGCAGUACUUAAAGCCAAAAUUUCCAUGUUUACCAACCCAGAGCAAGGCGGACCUGCAAGCUCUUCAAUCCUUCUCACCUCUGCCAUCGGAACAUAUAAAUCCCAGAUUGACGGCCUCACGGCUACUAAAGAGGCCAUCAUUGCUGAGAUAGAGCACUAUAAAGGCAUUAUUGAUGAUGUGCAGGCCAGGUAUGAAGAGGAAACGUCUCAAACCAAAAAUCUGGAAAUGGAUUGGACUACACUGAAAGAGGAUGUGGACAAUCUGUACCUUUCCAUCUUUGAGUUGCAAACCAGCAUCGCCGGGCUGGAGGAUCAGAUUGCUCUAUCCAAGCAGGUGUAUGAUGCUAAAGUGAAAGAGGUGAGAACCAUUGUGACUGGAGGUAUGAGGUCAGCAGUCUCCAUCUCUGUAGAUAACGCAGCCCAGGCACAGGAUCUGACCACAGCGCUGACUGAAGUCAAAGCUCACUAUGAAACCCUGGCUCAGCGCAGCAAACAGGAUGCUCUCCUCUCAGUGCAAGACAGUCUCUCAAUGAUGUCAGUAUCCACUCAGCCUGGUUCUCAGACGCUCACCGCAGCCAUGGAGGAGUUGAGAGUUUACAAACUGCAGACUGACUCUGUGCACAGGGAGAUCGAGAGGCUCAAAUCUCUGAACUUACAGAUGGAGUCUCAGGUGGAGGAAGCAGAGUGCCACUCCAACUCUCACACAGAGACAUACCAGGAACAAGUUCUCAUUCUCAAGUCGCAGCUUGAUGAUAUCAGAAAGCAAAUUACUCAGUACGGUCAAGAAUAUCAGGAACUUCUUGCCAGCAAAAUGUCCCUUGAUGUUGAAAUAACAGCCUAUAAGAAACUUCUGGACAGCGAGGAGAACAGACUCAAAUCUGGAGGUGGCAUCACCGUGCACAUGUCAAAGAUGUCAGUAGGAGGAGGAGCAAGUGGAGGGGGUCUGGGCCUGGCUGCAGGAGGUGCAGGUCUGGGUGGAGGUGCAGGUCUGGGUGGAGGUGCAGGUCUGGGUGGAGGUGCAGGUCUCAGUCUUGGAGGUGGAUUUGGCCUAGGAGGAGGUCUUGGUGGAGGCCUAGGACUGGGCCUUGGGGGAGGACUGGGCUUUGGAGCAGGUGCAGGAAGUUCCUUUGGCGCAGGAAGCAGUUACUCCAGCCUGAGCAGCAGUGCUUUAUCCUCCACUAUUUACUGAAGAUUCACAACCUCCACUCAUCAAGCCACAACAUAAUGCUGAGCGUCAACGUAUGGGGCAGUGAGGAAGUCAACCACUCAGAUUUUUGCCAGACACACAUAGAAUUGAGGGAAGACUGAUUCCCCAUCUGUAUUACCUGUGUUCUAUUGUAUUGUCUAUGAGGCCCCGCAUUCUGUUUUAUCAAAUUCUGUGUACAUUUUAAACAUCAGUGGAAUUACAAAAUUGUUAAUUGAUAUUGCAAGGUUUUGUUUAUUUUCAUGCACCACUUCCUGCCAUAAUAAAAAUAAUUCCAUACUGGUCAU